AUGAAAGUUUAUGCGAUAUAUAUUUUGAACAAGGCCGGAGGGUUGAUUUAUCAGAAUGAUAUCAACCCUGGUUUGAACAAGCUUUCAGCCAAUGAUUACUUGGUUCUAGCAGGAACUAUACAUGGUGUCCAUGCCAUUGCUUCCAAACUUAAGCCUACAGAAUUUGAACCAUCGAGUAAACCCUUUGGCGGAGAGAAAGAAAUCCCCAUUGAAUCAUCAGCUACAUUUAGUUCAAGUAUAUCUGUUCGAGACUCCACCAUUAAUAAUGACGUUGUCAAUGGACGAUGGAAUAAUCCCAAUACCAACAACACGGGACUUCGAAGUAUCGAAACAGAUCUAUUCAACGUGUAUGUGUUUCAAUCGUUAACAGGGAUAAAGUUUAUUCUAAUUACAUCACCAAAUCCUAUUGUUCAUAAUGUUGCAUCUUUAAAUCUGAAAAUCAAUAAAGGUGAAUUGAACAGACAGUUUGACUUGGCCAAAGAGAUUUUCCACAAUAUAUAUGUGACAUACUCGGAUUACGUGAUGAAAGAUCCAUUCUAUUCCUUAGAAAUGCCCAUCAAGAACAAUUUAUUUGACUCGAAAAUUCGUGAGUUAGCCAAGUAA